AUGGAUUAUUCGGAGGUUGACGAGGAUGAUGAGGAUUUAUACGAAGGGUUAGAGGCCGACAAUUUGCUGCAGGGAUCAUACGAAAAAAGAAUCGAAGAAAAAAAAAAGGAAGUCGAAAGGGCGCCCGUCGUCAAGCCGAAAGAGCAAUUAUUUGAAAAGUCAAGAAAAAGUUUGUACAAAAAAUUAAGCGGCGCGAAGGCGGUUUACACCAAAAAGGAACCGUGCUUAUUCCUCGGGGCCCCACAAUUGAGCGAAGACGCAGAAGAGGAAGAAGAUAAUAAGGUGGAGUUUUUAUUACUGGUCAAUUUGUUAUACUUUAUAAAUGAUGUGGUGAUAAAAAAUUGUUGCGACAAAAUUGGAAAAGUGAAAAGAGUAGUUAUUCUUGAAGAUGAUAAGCAUGGGAAAUCCUUAGGAAUCGGUUUAGUAGAAUUUUACAGUAUAGAUUCUUCACAAAAUUAUGUAGCUUAUUUGAAAGAGAAGCUUAAAGCAGAUGUGCGCAAGUUAAGCUUGGACAUAGAAGAACAAAUAAAAGCUGAUGAUCUGUACAACUAUGGAGGGUACAUAAACAGCCACACGGUAGAAUUAAUAAAGAGAGAUAACUUGGAUGUUUUACAGUGCACGGAAAAUAUUCAUGACGCUUUAAGUAAAUCACUAAACCUGAAUAAGCACCCAAUUUUUAGCUGGUUUAAUACCAGCAUGAAAGAUGUACUCAGUACAUACGUUAAGAGUGAAAUAAAAAAAAAAAAAAAAACGCCAUCAUAA